CAUGGCGCAGCCCAGGUGUUUUUCUGGGCGGGUGCAUGACGUGAUGUAAACACGUCCGCGUCGUGCUUCGCAACCGCCGUUUCCCCGCUGGCGAAGAUGUCGUGGUGACCAGUGGGUCCCGCAGGAACGUUGCAGCCGCGAUGAUCCGCGUGUUCGUGCCCGCGUAUCGACAAGUGGACGCCCCGAAUGGGCGUCAGCACGUCGUGUACUGCGUCGAGGUGACCGUUUCGGGCGUGUGUCAUCGGCUGGAACGGAGGUACAGCACAUUCCACGCGCUCCACAAGCAGGUCAAGCGCAUGCUCGGAAGCCAGGCGCCCUCGGGAUUUCCCCCGAAGCGACUCCGCGGUCUCAACCCCAAGCUGCUGGAACAACGGCGCGCUGCGCUAGAACGCUACCUCCAAGACUUGGUUCGUAUUUCGGCUCUCUCGUCGCAGCUGUUGUCCUUCCUCGAAGUGCCAGCGCCACUGUCGCCCGCGGCGAGCAACGGCUCCGUUGACAGCGACGAGCAGGAGUUCAAGCCGUUGCAUCAGCCGGUCCUGGGUUUCGCCAAGGACCCGUAUUUGGACUCGUCGAGCAGUGACUCGCUUCCCGACAUUGUCAUGCAGGGUGUCAUGACUGGCCUGUUUGGUUACGACUAUGACGAUUAGUGAUCGCAGCUACUUAUCGACUUUCUCCUGUGCACGCCCCCUGCCCAGGGUCGGCUCGCCCAUUUAGUUAUCACAAAGUUUGUUUUUAUUUACUUUAUUUUCAUUUUCGCCGACGGUGUCAUUAAAGGCGAGCAGCAAGUGCUCGACAUUGCCAAGUGCCAUCAUGGUUUAAUCAGGGUACUAUAUUACCCGGUUAUACUGUAUAACCUCACGGGUUUGUGCGUUUACAAAUACCUGUCACACAAGUCGGUUAGUGUUGUUUAGCCUCACGCGUUCUAUUUCGUUAAUGUCUGUAACUAGUACGCUCUUAUGACGUCACACUCUCUCUCAUUAGUUGUAUGCCAGUGACUACACGGUUGUUCUUUGGACCGGCAGCACGCAACGAUGACAGAAUUUUACAGAUUUUCGGAGUCACAGUUUUUUUUUUUUUUUUUGCGACAGCUCAGGUGUGAAACUUACUUUUAUUGCUUGUUAACUUUGACGCACAUUUAGGUUGCCUUUUUAUUUGCUCUGCGCGGCCCUGUUAAGCUUUUACACAGAUUUACAAUGGCUUCAGGGUGCGCAUCUUUGCAUAUACCUCAGUUACCUGCUGUGUUAGUUUUCGUGUUGUUUGCAGAUUGUUUUCCAGCUUUGUUGUUUUUAUAACAUUAUUCUAGUUUAAAACUAUAAGAUGCUGUGUAACAAUAUGCAAGCAUUUAAUCAAUGCAAGGCACAAGUGCUUAUAUAUUUUCGAAGAAUUUUCCAUUAAAAUAUACACUCUUCCUGUA